AUUUUUUCUUGUAUCAUAUGAAAUGCAGGUUGUUGGAGUACGCCAGAAUAGUUGACUGUUAAAAAUGGCUUUCCCCAAUAGAUUUGGAAGUCUCAUGAGGCAGACCAUUUCACAGAGUAGCAUAUCGAAUGGGCAAGUUUCAAUGGCAUCUAUGCUUAAUGCCAUUCGUUGCAUGUCAUCUUCGAAACUUUUCAUUGGAGGCCUUUCUUUUGGAACUGAUGACCAGUCUCUCAGGGAGGCAUUUUCUGGCUUUGGUGAUGUUGUAGAUGCAAAGGUAAUUACUGAUAGAGAUACUGGGAAGUCUAGAGGAUUUGGGUUUGUGAACUUCUCGAGUGAUGAAUCUGCCGGCUCUGCGAUGUCAGCAAUGGAUGGACAGCCACUGAAUGGGCGGAACAUCCGUGUGAGCUAUGCUAAUGAUAGACCAUCUGCUCCUAGAAGUAACUACGGUGGUGGUGGUGGUUACAGUGGUGGUUACGGUGGUGGUGGUGGUGGUGGUUACGGUUCCCGUGGCGGGUAUGGUGAUGCCAGAGAGAAUGAUGGUUUCUAGGCCACAUGUGGAUAGUUCUACUGUUGAGAGCAUGGCCUAUGUUAAGUUCACUUAUCUAGGAGGAUAUCAUGAGAUGCCUUAUUAUGUUUUUAAAUGGUUUUUCCAGAACCUAAUUUUGUUAUGUAUGCUUUUAAUUCAAAUUAGCCUGUUUAUUGCCUUCAUCUUUAGUUUGUGUUGUACUUUGUUUGCAACACUUUCUCCGUAAGCAUUGAAAUGUAGAUUGGGUUAAA